AUGAAGGCCAAACAAGGCUGCUGGACUUGUAAACAGCGGAAAAUAGGGUGUGACAGGGAUCUGCCUGUGUGCCACAACUGCACUCGCACGGGCAGACAAUGCUUGGGCUACGGCGUCCGUCUGCUGUGGCCGGAUCGUCAUGAUGGCAGGCGCAAAGACACAGGCUUCGUAGUUUAUGAGCCGCCGGAGAACCCGCUGGAGGCGUCCAAGAACUAUGGCUUGCAUUUUCUCAAUGUCAAUCAUAACGAUGUUGCCUCGUCGCUGGAUCCCUCUUCUUACAAUGCGCUUAUUAUCAAACCUGUCGCCAAACCUACCCGAACUCUCAACCUCUAUCCGACAAUGGUCGGUCAAGAUGCUCUAUUCAUGUCAUACUAUGAGCGCGUUAUUGCUCCCAUGAUUUCGACCACGCAAGUCACGAACGGCUUCCGGACCGACCUUGUCCAGAUGGUGCUGUCACGGGGAGACAGUGCGACCAAAGCCUUAUGGAAUUCUAUGAUGGCUGUCGCCGCUUUUCAUCACAGCGGCACUGAAGCUGCUCUAAAGUACAAGACGAAUGCUGUCCGCCAUCUAUCUGCUUCUCUAACUCCCGGAUAUGAAACAAGCUCUAUUGAUCUCAACCAGACGCAGUUUGCUGCAUCUAUGAUGCUUUGUAUCUACAGUGUCUUCGACGAGACCGACGGCCACUGGACGACGCAUCUUGAUGGUGCUAAAUAUAUGCUGGAAGGGUUAUACCCGGAGCAUCGAAGGCACAUCAAAGCAGAUUUCCUCUUCACUUGGUUUCUCUACCACGAAGUGUUGGCAUGCUUCAGCCAACCCCUCCGGCAAGCCCAUAACUGCAUCGACGUUCUUUUCCUAUUGGGGGCGUCGAACUGCGAUGCUACUUUGAUACUUGGCGCUCUCGGAUGCUCGUUGGAGACGAUUGCGAUAAUUCACCGGGUGAACAAAUUCCGCAUCGCCAUCAUACAAAAAGAAAUCGACCCGCUAUCACCCAAACUCAUUCAGCAGCGAUUUGAAUUGGAGCAUACGCUACAUAACCUUGUCCAGAGACUCGAUCCCGAUGAAGAAGCCGGCGAGGCACCCGCGAGGCGUACCCGCAUUCUGGCUACCGCAGAGCUAUAUCGCAUAGGAACCAUUCUAUACCUGCUUCAUGUUAUCCCUUUGCCUGGGGACGAGGAGCAAAAAGCAACUUAUUUGGAAGAGGUGUUUGACAUAUUGGAGCGCUUGGGGGUGGCUACAAGCCCAUGGCCUAUAUUCAUGGUUGCUUGCGAAUGCCAGACAGACGAACAGCGCAUCCGGAUUCUACGAAUAUUGGAUCUGAUGAAUAAUGUGAGAAAUAUCGGCAACAUCCGUGUGAUGCGCAAUCUUAUUGAAACAUGUUGGAAACACUACGACCUUCAGGCUGACUCGACAUACGUGCAUCGCACGAAAUGGUGGGAAUUUGUUAAUUACGAGACUGCAGUUCCCUGGUUUAUUUAA